CCGCAGUGAAGCCUCUCAGUAGUGGCUAUCGAUAGGGCCAGCUGGUUGUCACCACUAAUUCACUAAAAUAAAGAAAAAGUGCUGGAGGAACAAUACGAAUCCCAACGCAUUAUUCGUGGGCCAAGAAUUCGACUUCAGCUGACGGGCCCCGACAAUUAGAUGUAUUCCACGUUGUAGUGCCACGCCUCCCGCGAGUCCCCGCCCCUAAAGGUUAACAUCGACAUAAAAACAACAGCGAUACAUUUAGUGUAGGAAAACAAACAAACAAGUGAAGCGAGAUGGCUGGCCAACAGCUCGCGGCCCUGAAUCCAAACCCAAAUCCGAACUCCCCUAAGACCCUAUAUGACCUAUCAUUAUUGGGCCUGAUCGGGAGUAUGAACACCACGGUUCCGGCGCUGGAUAGAAUCAGCCGUCUGGCGGAACUGCCGCGGAACCUUCUCAUCGAUGUUUACGAACUGAUGUCGCAGCAGGAGUCCUUGAAGGGAACCCUGCUGGAGGAGCUGGCCCAGCUAGAUGUGUUCUUGCGACUCGUUCGCUAUUCAGCUGCCCGUAGCAAGUUGCUGCGCAUAAUGGCCUCACUAAUGGCUAGCAAAAAGAUGCUGGCCAAUCGUCUCAGCGAGAACUAUGUGAUGCGUUAUGGAACUGCCGUUCUGGAGGAUGAAGAACUUAAUUUAGAACUGGUGGAGUUGUAUAAGAACUGGGAUCAGGUAUCGCUGGAUGAUCGCUCGAAUGAUCAUAAUAAGUUGCACAUUUACGACGGUGAUAUGACAAAGGCCAGCUCUAGCACUAGUUCUAAUACUAGUUGUAGCGAAUUUUCUACUCAAUACAUCACCUUAAAUCCCAUGGCCCAGAAGACAACCUAUCCCGAACAUAAUGUGAUUGACAAUUCAGCACUCGAAGAGCUGCCCGCCGCGGAGAUGCAGGCCAUCGACCUCGGCCUGCGCCUUGGAUCCUUUCUUUCAGAGGCUGGAUGGAUGCAGGAGAGCAUAACUGUGUUGGCAUGUCUCAAUGGAAGACUGAAGAACCUGCCGCCUUACAAACACUGGCUGGAAAUGCGUCUCGACUGUCUGCAGCGCCUUCUAUAUGCUGAAUCGGCCCAUUGCAACUUCAAGCUGGCUCAGCGCACCUACGACGAACUGAUCGGGUUAAAUACAACGCUGAAUGACAGUGUGCCUACCCAGUUGGUGGCCAUUGCCUACACCCAGAUUUCAGCCAUGUAUUUUGCUCGCAAUGAGUACAACUUUAGCCACAUGUGGAGCGGUCUGGCCAUGCGAUUCCUCAGGAGCUCUGCCUCACCGCGCAUCACCAUCGACGUUCUGCGUCAGGCGGCCAAGGCCUGUGUCGUCAAGAGGGACUUUGCCCGGGCCAAUCUGCUCAUCUGCCAGGCAGUACGUCGCGCUCGCGAAUACUUUGGAGUUAAACAUCAGAAGUACGGCGAUGCACUGCUAGACUAUGGAUUUUUCCUACUUAAUGUGGACUCGGUGUUCCAGUCGGUCAACGUGUACAAGGAGGCGCUUGCCGUGCGUCGUGGCAUCUUUGGCAACAUGAAUUUCCAUGUUGCCAUUGCCCAUGAGGAUUUGUCGUAUGCCUACUAUGUCCAUGAGUACAGUACAGGUGACUUUAGCUGUGCCCAGGAUCAUGUAGACAAGGCGGUCAAUAUCAUGAAGCAUCUUGUGCCCAGCAAUCAUCUGAUGUUGGCCUCAGCGAAGCGCGUAAAGGCACUGCUGCUGGAGGAAAUUGCAUUAGACAAGAUGGCUGAUGGCAUGGAUGAGGAGGAUCUGCUGCUGCAGUCCGAGGAGUUGCACAAUUUCGCACUGCUUCUCUCACUCGAAGUGUUCGGCGAGGUGAAUGUGCAGACGGCGAAACACUAUGGAAAUCUGGGGCGUUUAUACCAAACGAUGAAUCGCUUCGAAGAAGCGGAACGAAUGCACCAAAAGGCGAUCAAAAUCAAAACAGAUCUCCUGGGUGCCUUUGACUAUGAGGUGGGCCUGUCCAUCGGUCACUUGGCCUCGCUGUACAACUACCAAAUGAAGAAGUACCGCGAUGCCGAAAAGCUCUACCUGCGCAGCAUUGACAUAAGUCUGCGCCUGUUUGGGCAUUCGUACUCUGGCCUGGAGUACGAUUACCUGGGUCUGUGCCACGUCUACGAAACGUUGCACGACUUUGAGAAGUAUUUGAAAUAUGCGCACACAUUGGAGAACUGGCAGAUGCUGCGUGGCCAAAACCUCACCCAAAAUAAGUCCAGCUAUCCCGCCAUCGAGUUGGACUAUUCUGUCGAAGAAGUCAAGAACAAGUUCUUCAACAUGUGUGUCUGCAAGAGCGGCCCCACUUUUCCGGAGCCCGCGGAACAGGAGUCAAAUUCAAACUGAGAUGGGGCUUUGGGAGUGGGAGCGGCCGCGGAAGUGGAAGUUGAAAUGGUAGCGGAUGAGGAAGUGACAGUUGCACCCGCACUAGCACACGCAAACGCACCCACACCCCCGGCAUCGGAUGGCACAAACUUGAGGGCAAACUGCAGUAGGAGCGACAACAGCGGUGGUGGUAGUAGUGGUGACAAUGGCGGCCACAUCUGCCGUUUGUCGUAGUUAAUCGAUUCGCAUAAGUUAGCCCACGUUGAUUAGACAAAAAAAAAACAAAAAUGGGAGGAGCAUUCAGGAUCGACCCGGUGUGUUCUUUAAGAAUUUCAAACUAUAUAGCUUAGUUAAUAGCUUAGCUCGGUCGGCACCCAAUAUUCACCAAUGUUUUCGUUUAAUGAAGUCUAUUUUAUAAUUUUUUUUGUUUGUCAUUUCCAUCGAAUAAGCUCCGUUAGCUAUAUCCCCGCACUAUAUAUAUAUAUAUGUAUUAAGUCGUACCGAGCGUGGGUCGGUUCAGCAAAUGUUCCGUUGUGUUCCAGCCAUCAUCGAAUACGUCCAGUUACCUUAGUUUCCAAAGUUUCUCCUGUUCCCCUUUUUUUCUCUUCAGUCAAAUGAUGAACCUAGAUUAAGAUGUAGUAGUAUUGUUGGAGCUUCGGUUGACCCAGCUGAACUGUGGAGAUCGUUAAGCGAAAAGUUUUUUAAAAGUACGUCCCGUGUUUGUUGGCCCGUGUACAAAUGUUUAAGUUUUUUUUUAAUGGAUUCCCGCGGUCUAAUGAUUUAUAUUUUGUAAUUUUUUUUGUAAACAUAAUGGAAAGAGAUGCCAGUCAACCAGCCAGCGGAUAAAGUUUACUUUAGUUUUGCUUUCGGCCUUUACUCAACUUUUAUGAUUUUUUCCUACAAAUAUUCCCGUUUGUUGUUUAGAGUUAAGUGGAAAGUUGUAUAGAGCGCAAGGAGUAAGCGUAAUGUAUAGUCUAAGCCCGAAAGCGAUAUAAUAAAUAUAUAUAUAUAUAUAUAUAUUUCUAAUACGUUCACAUGGAGAACACGCAACAAAAGUAUUGCCGCAGCUAACUAAAGUUAAACAAAGCAACUGGGAGAGCACUGGCGACGGGAAAGCGCUGUAAAUAACUCGGUUUGAAUAUAAACAGCUUCCAGUUAAAAAAAAAAAAAAUAAAAUAAAAGAAAAGGGUUUAUUAUAAUACAUAUGAAUAUAUAUAUAAAUAAUAAAUAAAUAAAGACAAUUUAUACCAUUAACAUUUGCUACCUAGAAGAACGAUACUUAUAACUCACAAUUGUAGUUGCAAAACUCUUUUUGGCAUUACUUAGCGAUUUAGUUUUAAAGCGACGUCGUCAAUCUCAAAAUAAAAUAACUGCAAAAACUGA